CAAACUGCCACUACCCUUUCCCUCCAGCUAUGGGGUGAAGUGAGGGAUAGGAGCUUCCCCUCUGCAUCCCACCGGGGACAGCUCAAGGUCAGACAUAAAGCACCCCAGACACUGCUGGCUGAGCCUGUUAGGGAAGCAGCACUUUUCAGUCCCCUUUCCCUGGCCGUGGUCCUCCCCCCUCUACCCCCUCUACCCCUGCAUCAGCCCUUUCAGGAGCUUUUAGUGGAAAUGAGCUCAGACCCACAAUGGAGUCUGCUAGCCUCCUGCUCUCCCAGCUCUUCCCAUUGCUCUCUCAUCACCUCGUCUGUCUCACUGGGCUCAGGACCAUCCCUCCAUCCAGCCCCAUCUGCAAGCAGCUCUCCUCUCAGCGCUCACCUCUUUCACUCCUCCUUCCUUCCACCCGAGUCUUCACAUCUUCUUCAUUUUCCCUUUUCUCAAAAUAAAGAGUUCGUCAAACCCCCACCUCACAGGUCCCUCCUACCCCUUUCUCCUUCUCCCCUGAGACCGGCAGCCGAAGGGAGAGAAAGAGAGCCCCUGACAGGAUUGAUGGCCCUCCCCGCCUCUUCUGUUCCCUCCCCCCAGCGGCCACAGAUUUUCCCCCUACAAAAGGCAGGAGGCAGAUGUUGGGUGAGACCAGCUGCUCUCAGACUCCCUUUGCUCUCUGCUGGCCUGGCUGGGCUGGGCCUUUGCUCCCUCUUUCUCAGGUGGCAGUGUCAGGUCCCCACCUCAUUCCCCAUGAAUGCUGUGGGAAGUCCUGAGGGCCAGGAGCUGCAAAACCUGGGGAGCGAAGCCUGGGACAACCCGGCCUAUAGUGGUCCCCCCUCCCCACCCGGGACGCUGAGGAUCUGUACCAUCUCCAGUGCGGUCACCCCCCAGCCCCAGGCCAGGAAACCUGAAGACAGACCCCAGGAGAAGGCAUCCGGGACCCUGGUGUCCACCUGCUGCCUCCAGAUUUGUCGGGGCAUCAGAGGACUCUGGGGGACAACCCUGACUGAGAACACAGCUGAGAACCGGGAACUUUAUGUCAAGACCACCCUGCGGGAGCUUUUGGUGUACAUCGUGUUCCUGGUGGACAUCUGUCUCUUGACCUAUGGGAUGACAAGCUCCAGUGCCUAUUACUACACCAAAGUCAUGUCUGAGCUGUUCUUACACACCCCAUCAGACACCAGAGUCUCCUUCCAGGCCAUCAGCAGCAUGGCAGACUUCUGGAAUUUUGCCCAGGGCCCACUACUGGACAGUUUGUAUUGGACCAAAUGGUACAACAACCAGAGCCUGGGCCAUGGCUCCCACUCCUUCAUCUAUUAUGAGAACUUGCUGCUGGGGGUUCCCAGGCUGCGGCAGCUGAGGGUCCGCAACGACUCCUGUGUGGUACACGAGGACUUCCGAGAGGACAUUGUGAGCUGCUAUGACGUCUACUCUCCGGACAACGAAGAGCAGCUCCCCUUUGGGCCCCUCAAUGGCACCGCGUGGACAUACCACUCAGAGCAUGAGCUGGGGGGCUCUUCUCACUGGGGCCAGCUCUCAAGCUACAGUGGAGGUGGCUACUACCUGGACCUUCCGGGAUCCCGACAGGGCAGCGCAGAGGCACUCCGGGACCUUCAGGAGAGCCUGUGGCUAGACAGGGGCACUCGAGUGGUCUUCAUCGACUUCUCAGUCUACAAUGCCAACAUCAAUCUUUUCUGCGUUCUGAGACUGGUGGUGGAGUUUCCAGCUACCGGAGGUGCCAUCCCAUCCUGGCAGAUCCGCACAGUUAAGCUGAUUCGUUAUGUCAGCAACUGGGACUUCUUUAUCAUUGGCUGUGAGAUCAUCUUCUGCAUCUUCAUCUUCUAUUAUGUGGUAGAGGAGAUCCUGGAGCUCCACGUCCACCGACUUCGCUACCUCAGCAGCAUCUGGAACAUUCUGGACCUGGUGGUCAUUUUGCUCUCCAUUGUAGCUGUGGGCUUUCACAUAUUCCGAACUCUUGAGGUGAACAGGCUGAUGGGGAAGCUCCUGCAGCAGCCAGAUACAUAUGCCGACUUCGAGUUCCUCGCCUUCUGGCAGACACAGUACAACAACAUGAAUGCCGUCAACCUCUUCUUUGCCUGGAUCAAGAUAUUCAAGUACAUCAGCUUCAACAAAACCAUGACCCAGCUCUCCUCCACGCUGGCCCGCUGUGCCAAGGACAUCCUGGGCUUCGCUGUCAUGUUCUUCAUCGUAUUUUUCGCCUAUGCCCAGCUCGGCUACCUGCUUUUCGGGACCCAAGUGGAAAACUUUAGUACUUUCAUCAAGUGCAUUUUUACUCAGUUCCGGAUCAUCCUUGGGGACUUUGACUACCAUGCUAUCGACAAUGCCAACCGCAUCCUGGGACCUGCCUACUUUGUCACCUAUGUCUUUUUCGUCUUCUUCGUGCUUCUGAACAUGUUUCUUGCCAUCAUCAAUGACACAUAUUCAGAGGUCAAGGAGGAGUUGGCUGGACAGAAGGAUGAGCUACAGAUUUCUGACCUCCUGAAACAGGGCUACAAGAAGACCCUGCUGAGGCUGCGUCUCAGGAAGAAACAGGUUUCAGAUGUGCAGAAGGUCCUGCAGGGUGGGGAGCAGGAGAUCCAGUUUGAGGAUUUCACUAACACCUUGAGGAAACUGGGGCACAAAGAGCACGAGAUCACUGAGCUCACGGCUACCUUCACCAGGUUUGACCAAGAUGGGAAUCAUGUCCUGGAUGAAAAGGAGCAAAAACAAAUGCAACAGGACCUGGAGGAGGAAAGGGUGGCCCUCAGUGCUGAAAUUGAGAACCUGGGCUGGUCCUUUGUGAGGAAUUCACCAGAUAAAUCGGAUCUAGAGGCUACUGGAGCAGGUGACUGGGUUUCAGGAGAAGAAUUCUACAGGCUCACGAGGAAAGUUCUGCAGCUGGAGUCUGUCCUGGAAGGAGUCCUGGCCCAGGUUGAUGUUGUGGGCUCAAAGCUAAGAAUGCUGGAGAGGAAGGGGCAGCUGGCUCCGCCCCCAGGCCCGGGGGAGCAGGCACUUGGGAACACCUAUAGCCAGCCACAGCUGUGAUUCCAGCCCCCUGGGGAGUUGAGGGUGGGCAGGACAAUGGUGGGGGAGGGGUCCUAAAGCAUCAGACAGUAGGCUCCUCUCUCACUGCCUUCCCAGAGCCCCCUCUGCACAUUCCCUCUAUUCCUAGGGCAACAGUUCCCACUGCUCCUGCUGCCAAGUCCUAUCCUGUGUUUGGCCUUUUAAGCCCAUGUUUUUGUGUGUGUUAACUAAGCGUCAUGUUUAGGCUUGUGCCUCUGUUUCUGUGUGUAGCUACAAAGCUCUGCAUAGCUCUGUGAAAUAAUAUCUCCCACUGGGCCUCUGAUACCCUGUGCUUCCUAUCUCUGCUGUAGUGAUUAAACAAACAACCAAAAAGGUUAAAAGCAAACAGAAUAAAGGAAGGGAAG